AUGAAUUUUAACCAUCAGCAGAAUAAGGGAGGUCAACUGCAGCAACCUCAUCCACAGCAACAAGCGCAGCAGAAUGCGUUUCCUGCUUUACCACCGCAACUUGCGAACUUGACUCCUCAACAAUUACAGCAGUUGAGAAACCAACCCCAGUUCCAAGCACUCAUGAAAAACUAUAUGCAACGACAACAAAUGAUGAAUCAACAGGCGCAAAUACAAGGCCAAACCCCUACGUCUACAUUUAUGAACUCGCAGAGUAUGCAACCAUCACAACAAUUUAAUCAGCAGGCACCUCUUCAGCACCAACAUACGCAACAGGCACAACAAGCGCCAACGAUGCAAGGAAAUAUUGCAAUGCCUCCACGUCAACCAUCCAUGGGAGCACCUAACACACAGGCGCAAGGAAUGACGAUGCCACAACAAAUACCGAACCACUUACCGCAACAAAUGAUGAGACCAGGUAUUCCACCAAAUAGUGGAAUGGGAUCUGGCUCUGCUUCUCCUCAUGUAAUAGCGCAACAGAUGAUAGGGACAGCGCAAGGUGUACCGGUACCCGAAAAAGGUGUUGCUUCAAAUACGCAAAACGAAUUAAUCAAUAAAAUACCACUAAAGGAAUUAUCUUCUACUCAUGAAUGGUCUGAGAAAUUACAGAAAGAAGGUAAAGAUAUACCCAUUGAUUUGAAAGUUUAUGAAUCUAUAAUUGGUAAGGAUGCUGAAUUUUUGAGGAAAAAAUCGACACAAGUAGCUGAUAGCAAAAAAAUGCUUGACUCUUUGGUUAAAGAUAUCAAGACGUAUAGCGAGAUUAAACAAUUACGUAUGAAUGCAAUCACAUUAUCAAGUAAGGGACAAUUUAACAAUAGUAUUUGGGGUGAAGGGUAUCAAGGCUACGGAAAUGGAAUUACCAAUACCGCCACUAGGCUUUUGUUACCACACCAUAAUAAGAGACACUCUGCGGUUCCUGAUAUUAUGUUGACUGAAAGAGAAAUAAAUGAGCGAGUAUUGAAAAGAUUGUCGCCUAAUCAAUCGCAGCAAUUAGUUCCAAUAAGACUUGAGUUUGAUCAAGAGAGAGACAAGUUCAAAUUACGUGAUACAUUUUUAUGGGACCUUAAUGAGGAUGUAUUGCCAUUAGAGAACUUCGUAGCGUUGCUUAUAGAUGAUUAUAAAUUCAUACCACCACAUCACGCACAAACCAUAUUGUCUUCUAUCAGAGAGCAAAUCAGAGACUUCCACAGGAAGCCUGAUAAAGUUAUGGGAGAAUUGAGAGUUCCAAUUAAAAUUGAUGUCACAAUAAAUAAUACACAGUUGGUGGAUCAAUUCGAAUGGGAUAUUCUUAAUUUUGGAGAAAGUGACCCUGAAGAUUUUGCUAGGAUCAUGUGCGAUGAAAUGAAUUUGCCGGGCGAAUUCACGACUGCCGUAGCUCAUACAAUCAGAGAACAAACACAGCUCUUCCACAAGUCCUUAUUCUUAGUGGGUUACAGCUUUGAUGGGUCGCCUGUUUAUGAAGACGAAAUAAGGUCUCAUGUGCUUCCAUCUUUGAGGUUACUGUCACAUGAUAAUUCUGCAGGAUUUGAUUCAAUGGUAGAUGAUUUCUUCUCAAUCCUCCGAAACCCGGCUACUGUUCCGGAUUAUACUCCGUCAUUGGUUAAACUAACACAACUAGAAUUGGAAAGACUUGAUAAAGAAAUUGAACGUGAUUCUCGUCGUAAGAGAAGACACAAUCUUAAUGAUCUUACCGACUCCCCAGCUUCAGGAAGUUUGACUGGAAGAGGUACGUCUUCUAGAAGAAGUGCCUUACAUAUGGGUAGAGGAGGUCCUGUCUUGCCCGAUUUAUCUGAUGCACCUAAAACUUUCCGGACUCCAGCUCCAUCGAGUAUUUUACCUGGAGGAAUCGAUCUAGGUGUACCUGAUAUGUACGGUUACAACGAAGUCAUUGUCCAUAGAAGUCAAAUCAAAAAUCCCGACUAUAAACCGCCACCUCCGCCAUCGGAAGUCGAAACAAAUACCGAUGGUGCUUCUAAUAGAGUAAGAUACACUAAUGACAGAAUUACGGGCCGUUUCUUGGUAUCAAUAAAGUUACGUACAUAG